AUGACGGAAUGCGUCUUCUAUGCAUACGGUUGCAGCUUCAUAUACGUCUAUGUUUUGUCUCAGGUGGAGUUCGUCGGGCUUAAGAACAAUGCCAUGUCGUCGCAAAACAAUUUGAUGGGUGGUCCGAUCAACUUGAAGGAAGAAAGGCAACGGAAUAUGACAGUCUCCUGGUUUAAAAAAAGAGAGAAUUCUCUGUUUCUUACGCCAUACAUCAAGCGAGGAAACCUCGAUGAAGCAAGGAGAUUAAGCUACGUGGAACUGUUCAGCAGAGCUGCAGGCGCGGCAGCCCAUUCGGGAUACAUCACGGUCGACAAAGAGUUUAGCAGUAAUCUCUUUUUUCUGCUUAUCCGGGCAAAGGAAAGCCCAUCGACUGCGCCAUUGUUACUUUGGCUUCAAGGAGGACCGGGCCUCUCCUCGCUCUUUGGGCAGUUUCUGGAAGUGGGACCCGUUGGAAUCGAUGCCAGCGGAAAGAUUUUUCCGAGAAAGCUCACCAUACAACAACGGAUGAAUAUAAUAUUUCUGGAUGAACCUGUUGGCGCAGGGUUUAGCUACACCACAUCACUACAAGGUCUCGCUUACUCCCUCGACGAAGUCAGCAAUGAUAUGCUAGAAUUUCUGCAACAAUUUAUCCUCUUGUUUCCGGAGUUCAAGGACCGGGACUUCUACGUCGCGGGAGAAUCUUACGGAGCGAGAUACACGGUCGGCAUCAGCCACCUCCUGCACAAGGAGAGGAAAAAGAAAGUCGUGCCGCUCAACUUGAGGGGCCUGAUCUGCGGCGUGGGAUUCCUCGGUCCCAUCCUCGAGGUCGCCGACUCUGCAGAGUUCCUCUUCCAGAACUCGAUGAUCACCGAGAGGGGCAGGUCUCAAUUCGCGACCAGAUUCAGCCGCCUCAGGACCACGGCCAAAUUCAGCGAGUCCAUGGCCUUGCUGCUGCUGAUGCGAACCAUCUUCACGUCGGACCUAAAGCCCACACUCUUUCAGCGGCUGACCGGAUACCAGAACCACGCCAGCACCCUGUACUCGCAUAAACCUCCGCAUAUGACGGCGUACGAGAAGUACGUUCAGACGAGGGACUUUAAGAGAGCUGUUCACGUGGGCUCCGCCGUCAAGUUUGAGAACAACAUGACCAAACUCAUGCUGGGUCUGAAGGCUGACUACCUGACGGAUAUCACGCCGCGAAUUACUGACCUCCUGAACAAUUACAAGGUUUUGUUUUACACGGGUCAGAUGGAUGCCCUGUUUCCGUCGGUGAAUCAACAGAAGUUCUACCGGACUCUUGAAUGGAAAGGUGCAAAGGCUUUCCAGAAACAGAGUCGUGAGGAGUGGAUGGCGGGAGAGGGCUCUAAGCACUUAGCGGGGUACAAGACCCAAGUCGGCAAUUUUACGGAGAUGGUUCUAAUCAAGGCUGGACAUUAUGCCGCAGUGGACGUGCCAGAGGUCACGUAUCACAUGAUGGCAGAGUUUUUUGGAUACACAGACGAAAGGAAAAAAUUAUAA